AUGGUAAAUUCAUGUCUCAAGGGCAGUACACCACCUCACGUGCUCUAUUGUGUCUACGAUUGUUUGGAGACCGAAGUCAGUUGGAAUCGAGAAAGCAUGAAAUUUUUGGGAAUCUGGCCCGAUCCUAAAUUAUUGAGAGAUACCGACGAAAAAUGGGAUUUUUGCAAAUGUCUCUUCCUCGGGGUCACGAUCAUCUUCUUCGUCACCAUUCCUCAGGGUCUGAGAUUAGUGGAGGUCCUGGAUGACUUGGACGAGGUCAUCGAAAUCCUAAUGAAGGUGUUUCUGUCAUUUAUAGUAUGCAUCGUCAAGCUGUUCUACAUGUGGCUGAACAAAGAAGGUAGUUGAAAAAUAAUUUUGGAAAGUGCAAUUAAAUCUCCUCUUAAGUGGGAUCUUCCACAAAAAGAUCUCCUUUAA